AUGGUGCAGACCGAGCCGCUUCAGUACUUCAAAGGCAGUUUCAACACGCAGGCUCUCGAGCACCUCACGAUCGGCUUCAUCAGUGCCAUCGACGAGCACCUGCCUGUCGGGGAGCGAGCUGGCGUAGGCGGCGCCGCCUUCCAGAGCUCCGCGCAGACGGGACUUUUGGACGCGCACGGUGUCGAAAUCGAGUGUACGACGCGUAGUGAUGCGGUGAUCCGGAUGGGGGUGGGGCGGAAGUUGGUGGUUGAGUGGAGGGACCCGACGGCGAGCUAUCCCGACGACUGCCCGACCCAGCUCAUGCCUGGUCGCCCGCCUCGUCCGCGAGUCUUCCGACGCUUCGUCCGGUACCUGCGAGACGAAGGGAACAUUGUCACCUUCCAGAAGUUCUUUGACUCAACAUCGACUGCGGACAACGAUGUUUACACCAUACUCGCCAAGAUGAGCAUCUCCUGCAUCGCACACCAAGCUCGCCACUUCGUUCUCUGCGACUUCAACUGCUGGCAAUACGGCACUCUUGUCCCCCAGAUCGCCACGGACGACGUUGGAGUUGGAAAGUUCGACAUCGUCGUCUCUCCUCUCCUCCCUUUCACCUCGACACCGUGCAUCGCCCAAUUCAAGGCGCGACUCUUCUACGACAACGAGACUGUCCAGAAGAUUGCGAGGGAGCGCAUCGCCGUCGCCGUCGCCGACCACGCACAGGCCAAGCGCGUGGAGUCGAGCUCAGAGGCCCAGACGGAGCGAUCACGAGGAGGUUCUUCAUUGCGAGACUUGUUGAAGGUCGGCGCAAGUAGCUCGGACGGCGGGCGUGGAGGAACAACGUCGGUCAGGAGCGUCGCAAGCUUGGCCGACCUGUCUCUCGCUUCCUCGUUCUUCCUCUCAUUCCCCGACCGGAGCACCCCCCUCGAGCCAAUCUUUCGCCGCUCCCAAGACUCGCAGCCCGGCAGCGACGACUCGCUCGUAUCUGGCGGCGCUUCCGAUGUUGCCCACUCGUCUGACCCAACGCGUAUGCCUCCGCCUACGUCGCCGCUCCCCACCCGGAGCAGAACGAGCGCGUCUGCAGCUCCCUUGAUGCUCCAGCUGUGCCGCGAGAUCGGGCGCGGCAGCACCUCAAUCGCGUACCUCGCACAUUGCGACGAGAAGGCGACGUCGAGCUUCGUCGUCAAGCUCCCGGUCAAGCCCGUGCAUGGCGUCGAGGCGAAGAUGCUGGAGGAGGCCAACUUUCUCGCCAGCCUGAGCGACGUCCCCUACGUCUGCCAUCGGAUCGCCUACCUCGAAAGUAACAACGAGAGGUACAAGUGUGCGCUGUUGCUGGAGUACGGAGGGAAGGCCUUGAAACAGUGGGAGGACCUGUCUUUGCGCGAGCGCACCAACCUCUACAAGAGCCUCGUCGACCUGCAUACUGUACAUGGCAUCCAGCACGGCGACGUCAGGCCCGCCAACGUCGUCUACGCGGAUUCAGCAACGUCAACAAGGCCAGACCGCCAGCUCCGCCUUGUCGACUUCGCCUGGGCAGAGAAGCAUGCGUGCGCCGGAGAAGGGACUUGCUGGGAGCUGGAGAAGUUCAGGAUGGAAGCGGACUUGCAGGCGUCGGGGGAGGAGGGGCUGUCGUGA